UUUUCGGCGUAAACCGGGCUGACGUUUUCUUGAUGUCCCGACAAGAACCGGAGAUGCCUGUGAUGGGGCUUAGCGCUUAGCAUUAGCGACAACGCAACACACACAAGUGGACCCUCGCUCGAGUUCCAAAAUAGACGUGAGCUCACAAACUUGAAACGAGGGUUUGAAUCCUGACCGUGUUCUGAUCCAUUUCGCCGAAACGGGUGCGCUGGAGGAAACAAUGGAAGAACUUUUGAACUUUUACGCCGGGGGAAAAAGUGUGUGGGCGUCUUAUGUACGCCUAUUUGUGGUUCCGCGUCCAAUUUUGCGGGGGUGCGAAUCCGCUGACCCCUCCGAGCAAGGCACGGUCGCAGGCCGGCGAGCAGAGCGUCGUCAAUCCUCGGGCUGCUGAGUGGACGACGCCUCGAAAUGCGGUUUAGGGAUCGCUGCCGGAACCCGACAGCUGCGCUGGUGCAUGCUGGGAGAAGCUCAGACUCCUGGCCAGCAUUUUAUUCAAAAGAUUAAAAAAAAAAAUAUUUGAAGAUUUGUCGUUUCAAACAUAUUUUCGUCACCGCCUUGGUAAGUCUUGGUAACGAUGCACUUCCAGGUCAGCGGGGGGCGCUAAUGCUCGUCAAUGCUGGUUGUCCGCCGCCAUUUGGUUCGGACUCAAAAACGCGAACAAGAAUAAGAUCCUCUUCGGAUCCGUUCGUCUCGACUCCUGGUUCCAGCGUCGAGGAGAAGAUUUCCAGCACGAUGAGCCACUAAGCUGCACUCGAGCUAGCAUCCUUAGCCUCUGAUAGCGCAACUGGGCACAAAUCACAGCGGGCACCAUGACGUCCUCCAUGCUGCGCAGACAGCUGAAGAACCUGGUCCAGAACUACUCCGAGGCCGAGGUCAAGGUCCGGGAAGCCACGUCCAACGACCCGUGGGGCCCGUCCAGCUCGCAGAUGGCCGACAUCUCGGACCUGACCUACAACGUGGUGGCCUGCAACGAGAUCAUGACCAUGCUGUGGAAGCGGCUCAAGGACGACAGGAACUGGAGGCACAUCCACAAGUCGCUGACCCUGCUGGAGUACCUGCUGAAGACGGGCGACGACCGCGUGCUCCUCAAGAUGAAGGACAACAUCUACAUCGUCAAGGCGCUCACCGAGUACCGCUUUGUGGAGAAAGACGGCAAAGACCAGGGGACGAACGUGCGAGAGAAGGCCAAAGUUGUUCUGGUCCUGAUGGAGGACGACGACAAACUCAAGGAGGAGCGAGACUUUGCCGUCAAGACCCGAGAGAAGACGUCCAAAAGUUCCGCAGCCUCGUCCUCGGACGCCGUCAAGGACCCCAACUACAAGCCGUGCUACGUCGCCGGCGCCUCGGGGCUCCCGUCGCUGGACAACAUCCCCUCGGUGGCCGACCUGACCGCGUCCUUCGCCGCGCGCAAGGAGGAACGCAUCAAGCAGGAAGAGCAGAAGAAGGAAGCGGAACGGAGGGCCAAAAUGUCCGAAGACGAGUUGAAAUGGGAAGAUGCUGGAAAAGGGGGCGGCGUUGCGGAUCAGGCCUGGGGAGGAGCCGAGAAGAAGAAGGAGGAGGAGGAGGAGGACGUCAAACCGGGCCCCUGGGGGGUCCCCGAGGCGGACCCUUGGGGCGCACCCUCCAAACCUGACGCAUCAGAUUCACGUCCUGCUAAAAGCGAUCAGAAUUCUUUGGAGUCGCCGAGCGCUCCGGUUUUCAGCAACGACGACGUACCUUCUGAUCCUUUUAAAGCGGGUGCGCAAGAUCCCUUCGUGGCCCGAAAUGACGCCCCGAAACAUGCAGACUCUUUCGAAGACCAACCCAAAACCCAAGAAGACCCCUUCAGUUCCCCGAUUAAAGACACAUUUAACACUCCGAAAGAUGACCCGUUUAACACGGCUCGAGAUGACCCGUUUAACGCCCCAAAAGACCAUCCCUUCAACACCCCAAAAGAAAAUGCGAGCAACGCCCCGAAACAGGACCCAUUCAAUGCCGAAAAAGACGAUCCCUUUAUUGCCCCAAAAGAUGACCCGUUUAAUACCCCAAAAGAUGACCCAUUUAGCGCCCCAAAAGAUGACCCGUUUAACGCCCCCAAAGACGACCCGUUUAACACCCCAAAAGACGAUCCAUUUAACGCACCCAAAGACGACCCGUUUAACGCACCCAAAGAUGACCCUUUUAACACCCCGAAAGACGACCCGUUUAACACACCCAAGGAUGACCCAUUCAACACCCCAAAAGACGACCCCUUCAAGACCCCAGAAGGCAAGUUCAGCGUCCCCAAAGAUGAUCCGUUUAACGCCCCGAAAGAUGACCCGUUCAACACCCCAAAGGGCGACCCCUUCACCGCCCCAAAUGACGACCCUCUGGUAUCAACUUCCUGUGACGAGAGUCCACCUUCCGCCCCCAGCGCCCCCCCAAAAGACGACCCCUUCUUAGCAACGAACGCGAACGCCGGAGGAACUACGGCCCGUGACGACGACCCCUUCCCCCCCCCAUCCGACGAGGACCCCUUUUGUGCCCCCCCGACGGCCCCCAGGGACGCCCCCUUCGAAGAAGGAGGGCGGGCAACGGAUCCCUUCGCGGCGCCCUCGCUGAGCUCGUCCCAGAGCGGGGGAGACGCGUGGGGGGGUCCCUCCGGCUCGGACCCCCCCGCUGACUCGGACCCGUGGGGGGGCGGCGCGUCUUCGCCUGUUGACAAUUGUGACCCUUUCGGGGAUGCCGCCAAAGCCCAAAGUGACCCGUGGGGGGCGCCAGGUUGCGCAGAUCCAAACGACGCCUGGGGGGCUCCUACGUGCUCCUCCGCCGCCAGUGACCCUUUCGGAGACUCCAAAAGCACAGGAGACAAAGAAAAAUCUUUCUAGGAUCUCGACCCGAUCAGAGGACGGCGGGUGCAAACUGCAAAGAUGGCGUCGCUUUCGGUCCCGGGUCCCGGGUCCCGGGUCCCGGACUUGGACCACCUGAACACUGCGCCCCCAUUCCCAGCAUGACCAGCGUACCCCCCUGAGUGCUGUGAUGGUUUCUAUGGUUACGGUCCGACAGCGAGCGACGGAAGCGGCGCCGCUCGUGAAUAUUAAUCACCAUAUUUGUUUGGCUCCUCCCCCUCUCCUCGUGCUCGCGUUGUUGUGCGUGUAUGAGUGCGCGCGCGCGCGCGUGUGUGUGUGUGUGUCGCCGUUUCUUCAUGUGUUGAAGUUGUGUAGCUGUUAGCAUUAGCAUUGGGCUAACUCCCCCUUACCCCCCCCCCCCCCAAAAAAAAAAAAAAAACAUUCACAAAAUGGUGGCUUGACCGGACCGUGAAUACAUUUUGGACAUGUGUACACAAGCGUGCACACACACACAAAAUGAUAUUAUGUUGUGUGUGUGCGUGCGGCGCUGUAAUCGCACACAAAACCUUCCAGAAUAGUGUCAAAUACAAUCAGGAAUAUUUAUUGAUUUUAUAGCUUGAAAUGUUUAUAGACGCGACCAUGCUGCAAAAUGAAAAGUUCAGGUUGUUGUUGCGGUUAAGUUGUGACGAUGAUGAUUAAUAUGUGACAAAGUUUCAUGUUUUAAUCAUUUUUUUGUCUUUUUUUUAAUCCUCACUUUUUCAACGUGAACACGCGUGUGUCACGCUUAUAAUACGCUCAAUACUAGUUAAAUUAAUUGAUCAACAUAAUUGGAGCCCUUUUACACCUAAAAUCUUAAAUCAUAUCAUAACCAGAUACUGUAUGCUGUUAUUCUGCCAUAACAAAUGAACACGAUUCUACGGAGCCCCUAAAGGGACAUUGGGAAAAAGAAAAAAAUGAAUAAGUUUCUCAUUAUAAUGAGAAACUUACUCAUUACAAUGAGAAACAAGUUUGUUUGUUUUUCCCCCAAAUGUCCCUUUAGGGGCUCCGUACUUAAGGGGGUCCGUAAGAUUUAAAAAAAAAAAAGAAAAAAUCACAAACUGCUGUCCAAACAUACUAAAUCAUAUCAUUUUUAUUUUAUAUGAAAACAUUAUUUUUGCAGUGUGUGUCGUAGGAAUUCAAGUUUACAUCAUGCAAUUAUGUAUUUCUAUUGAAGUAUUUGUUAGUAUUUAUUUCUAUUUAUGUAUUUAUUUGAACGUUUUCUCUCGCGUGGGCUUCUGUCAGAAACCAUUUCUUCCGACGGCCACAAGGGGGCGACAAAUAUUUCACGCGUUUGCAUACAGUGUACGCAGAAAAAAAUGAAAUUUGCUGAAAUUCAUCCUGAUAUGCCGCGACGUCAUUGUUUCUGAUUUAUUUUUGUAUGACUUCACGAUUGACGGGUGACGUCAUCGUGUCAUGGGUAUGACGUGCGUUAUUUAUUGGAUUGUCGUGGUGUAAAUAUUGACCUAAUUAUGCUCUAUGAUGUAUAUUAUUGAUAAUAAUUAUCACAACUAUGGCUUUCUUGAUUAAAUAUCCAGCAGCGCGGCAAAGUUCAUGUGAUUAAAAAGCGUGUCAUGAUAA